GGAACGAGAUGAGCAGCGCCGGCGCCGCUGCAAGAUGCUGGAUGGACACGUCCUGCUGGGAUGGCUCUCCUCCUGCGCGCUCCUAGGGCUGCUCGCCUGCGCCCCGCGGCCCUCCGCCGCCUACUUCGGGCUGACGGGGAACGAGCCCCUGACCAUCCUCCCUCUGACCUCGGAGAUGGAGGAGGCGGCGGUCAAAGCCCACUACAAGGUGUGUGACCGGCUGAAGCUGGAGAAGAAGCAGCGCAGGAUGUGCCGGCGGGACCCGGGCGUGGCCGAGACCCUGGUGGAGGCCAUCAGCAUGAGCGCCCUGGAGUGCCAGUACCAGUUCCGCUUCGAGCGCUGGAACUGCACCCUGGAGGGCCGCUACCGGGCCAGCCUGCUCAAGAGAGGUUUCAAGGAGACAGCGUUCCUGUACGCCAUCUCCUCGGCGGGGCUGACCCACGCCAUGGCCAAGGCGUGCAGCGCGGGCCGCAUGGAGCGCUGCACCUGCGACGAGGCGCCCGACCUGGAGAACAGGGAGGCCUGGCAGUGGGGGGGCUGCGGGGACAACCUCAAGUACAGCAACAAGUUCGUCAAGGAGUUCCUGGGGAGGAAGCCCAACAAGGACCUGCGAGCCCGGGUGGACUUCCACAACAACCUGGUGGGCAUGAAGGUCAUCAAGGCCGGGGUGGAGACAACCUGCAAAUGCCACGGCGUGUCCGGGUCCUGCACCGUCCGCACGUGCUGGAGGCAGCUCUCCCCGUUCCACGAGAUCGGGAAGCAGCUGAAGCAGAAGUACGAGACGUCCCUCAAGGUGGGCAGCACCACCAACGAGGCCACGGGGGAAGGGGACAUCUCCCCGCCCAAGAAGUCCAUCCCCGGGCACAGCGAUCAAAUCCCAAGGACUACAGACCUCGUGUACAUCGACGACUCCCCGAGUUUCUGCAUGAUGAGCCGGUACUCGCCGGGCACCUCGGGGAGGAAGUGUUACAAGGACAAGAACUGCGACAGCAUCUGCUGCGGGCGGGGGCACAACACGCAGAGCCGGGUGGUGACGCGGCCGUGCCAGUGCCAGGUGAGGUGGUGCUGCUACGUGGAGUGCAAGCAGUGCACCCAGAGAGAGGAGGUUUACACCUGCAAGGACUGACGGGGGGGGCCCGGCCGUCGUCACCCUCCCGCUGCCCGGCGGGGAGCCCUCGGCGGCGGGAGAACCGCGCACGGAGACAAACAGGGUUUGACGGACCCUCUGGGAUCUGAACGCUGUGUUGAGACAUGAGCACUUUGUAGGGUACAGGUGACCCAGCUGUGUUGCUGUUUUGUUUUGGUUUAUUUUCUUUUUUGGUUUUGUUU